GUUUUAAAAUACAAGAGUGUGUAGUUUGUGCACAACUGUGGACUCCAAUGAACAAGUGCAGAUGUGCUGGUAAUGCUUAGGGAGGGGUGGUGGGAAGAUUGUUGCUCGAGAUUGAUCCAACCCCUGGAUUAGUGGCCGGACUACACUAACCACCACCAGAUGUGGGAGUAUGCGAUAUGACGCAUUAUCAACAAGUCCAAUGAUCAUCGCCUUCCUACAAUAUACAUCUUACUCUUUGCUCCUUCACCAAUCCUCAGGUUAAUGCUUAAUCUGUGUAUGACCGCUUAAUUGCAAAGACUCUGCCCCAUUUAUGGUUGGGAGGGCCUUUGGAAGCAGAUACGCUUUGAGCAUAUUGCAGUCCGGCGGGGGAAGUUGUACAGGUCAUUUUAGUAGACCAGCUUUGCAUAUCUUCCAUCCAGAAAGCAGGAGCUUCUGGGACACACCAAAGCGACAGAGGAAGAGGACGAAACCAACAUGGCGAAAGCGAUAUAUGUGUCCAAGGUCUUCGCCAUCAUUACGGUCACCCUGACCGUCUCAGCCAUCGCGGGAAUCGUCACCAUGAUGAUUGUUUACGAGGCUCAGAUCGCCGGGAUGGAUCCAACACCCCGGCCAACCACCCUACCCCCAACUACGCUCCCCACAGGCCCUCCACCGGAUAUGCGGCUUCCUGGGAACCUGGUGCCCAAAAGCUACAAGCUCUUCCUCCAGCCUCAUCUGUACCCCAGCCUUAACAUGAGCGACGUCAACGCAACGGACCAGAUCAAUGUCUUCACUGGGAACUCCACUGUGUUCUUCCAAUGUGUAGAGAAAACCAAGACCAUAAUCCUUCACAACAAAAACUUGACACUUCUCGGGCUGAUUGUGACCGACUGCGACUCGGGAAAGCUGCUCCCCUUUGUCAAGUACUUGCAAUACGACGAUUGGACCGAUUUCCUCGAGAUUCAGAUGUCUGACGCACUUGCAGAAGGCGGAAAUUAUAGUUUGUUUGUGGAUUUCCAGGGUGAGAUGGCAGAGGACUUGGAAGGUCUGUAUGCAAGCACCUACAACGAAGACGGCCUAAAGAAAUUCAUCGCCAGCACCCAAAUGGAGCCCACCAGCGCCAGAAAAGUUUUUCCUUGUUUUGAUGAACCGGCGAUGAAGGCUACAUUUGAGGUCACCAUUAUCCACAGACAACCAACGAUUGCACUGGGAAACUGGCCAAAGUCUGGUUCGCGCUUACUAGACGACGACUGGUCGGCCACCACAUUCUUUGCCACAAAGCUGAUGUCCACAUACCUGCUGGCCUUUUCAGUCUCAGAGUUUCCUUAUACCGAAAACCCUAAACCGAACGUCAAUGGAGUGAAAAUCAAAACGUACGCACGGAAAGAACUUAUUGAAGCUGGACACGCUGUGUAUGCAACAAACAUCGCUGACAAGCUUCUCAACUACUACGUGAAACUAUUCAACAUUACUUACCCUCUUCAAAAGCUGGAUCAGUUUGUUGUGCCGGAACAUCGCGCUGUAGCCAUGGAGAACUGGGGUCUAAUCAUGUAUGAUGAGUCUGCAGUGCUUUUCGAUAGCAAAACCUCAGGUCAAAGGCAAAAAGAAUGGAUUGUGGAGAUUGUUGCACACGAGCUGGCCCACCAGUGGUUUGGAAACCUUGUGACGAUGAGAUGGUGGAAUGACAUUUGGCUGAAUGAGGGCUUCGCCACCUAUAUGGCCAACCUGGGUCUCGCCCAGGAAGAACCUACCUGGAACAUGAAACAAAUGAACGAAAUGAGGCAGCGACAAAAUGCAUUCGAGGUGGACGCUCUGAACUCCUCUCAUCCUCUCAGUUCUCCUGCAGUUGACAUCCAGGAUCCUGGUCAGAUCGACGAGAUGUUCAGCAGCAUCUCCUACUUAAAGGGUGGUGCCGUGCUGAGGAUGCUGGAGGACUUCAUGACUGAGUCAUCGUUUCAGAAAGGGAUCAAAAUGUAUCUGAAGGAAUUCCAGUAUAAUAGCGUCGAAACACAUGAUUUGUGGGAAUAUAUGCAGAAGGCCUACCAGGGAGAUAAUGGCGUCUAUGAUAUUCCUGAAGUGAUGAACACAUGGACCCAACAGAUUGGGUAUCCUAUCAUCACCAUCAACACCAGCAGUGGAGAGGUCUACCAGAAGCAGUUCACGCAGGACCUGUCAAUAGAAUCAGGUCAGGUAUGGCAAAUCCCGAUCAGAGUUAUGUCAGAGACGGCUAAACCCUCCUUUGUCUUGCUGACCGACGGUAACCCAGUAAGGAUGGAGAAUUUCAUCUCCAAUGGAGGAAAGUGGAUUCUAGCCAAUAUCAAUGCUACUGGAUAUUACAGGGUGAACUACGACCCAGAGAACUGGAAGAGACUCAUGGAUCAGCUAGAGAGCAACCCCAAUGCUAUACCACUCAUGAACAGAGGACAACUUAUUGACGAUGCAUUUCACCUGACCAGGGCCAAAAUGGUGAACGUGACGCUUGGACUGAACACCACUCGAUUCCUCCAGAAUGACACGGCGUGUCUCCCCUGGUCCACCGCCAUCCAGAACCUCAACUACUUUGUUGAGAUGUUUGAUCGCUCCUUGGUCUAUGGUCCCAUGCAGGCAUAUAUGCGAAAGCUGGUUACGCCGCUGUAUAUGCACUUCAAGGACUACACAGACAACUCAACAAUUCCAAUUGAACUUUAUCAGCAGCAAAAUCAGCUAAAUGCCAUCAACGUGGCCUGUUCAAACGGACUCCCAGAGUGUGAGAUCAUGGCUGUCAAGAUGUUUAGGAACUGGAUGAAGAAUGAAACUUACAACAGCAUCCAUCCCAACCUGCGGCCUGCCAUCUACUGCCAGGCGUUGGCUGCAGGGGGGGACAUGGAGUGGGACUUUGCGUGGAGGAAGUACCAGGAAUGCACCAUAUCCCCAGACAAACACCUCCUUGCUCAUGCACUCUCCUGCACCAAAAAGAUAUGGCUGCUUAACAGAUUACUGGAAUACACACUGGACCCUGAGAAGAUACGCAAGGCUGAUGUUUUCGAGACCAUUAUGAAUGUUGGCGCAAACGCAGUGGGGCAGGGCUUGGCGUGGAACUUUAUCCGUGCACACUGGGAAACCUUUCAUGAGGAACGUAGAAUGGGUGUGAGUAUUGCACUUCGGGAGGUGACCAAGAGGUUCUCCACAGACUUUGAACUGCAGGAGUUGAGGCAGUUCCAGGUGCUGCAGAAUGCAACAAGUAACAUGCUUAUGAACCAGGCAAUAGAGCAGACCCAAGCAAACAACCAGUGGGUCAAGGAGAACAAGCAAACAGUACUGGAAUGGUUCCUGGCAGAAACAGGCUCUGAGGAGUGGUACAGCACAUAAUCUUUUUAGCAAGCCUUGUAUAGAACUGAACUUUGCACUUUCAAAAAAGGAAGAUAAAAAAAUGAAACUUGACACUCCAAAGUUGACAUGCAGACUUUGAACAAACCAUUAAAAUCCUGAGUGAUCAAAUCAUAAUUGUUGCAAUAUUUUUUUCCGAUGCCAAUACACUGUUUUACUUGGCAAUACAUGAAUGCAAUUUCAUGCUGUCAUCAACGAUUCCAGUAUGCUUAAAUUGAGAGGAUGAACCUACUCUGAUGGAUCAAUCAAUUAUUUAUCUAUAUUCUAUAUUGAGACCCACAGGUGGAAGUCCAGCUUAAUCUAUAAAGAGUUUUGUCAUUUGUCAGAAUUCAUUGGGAAACACUGUCAGAAUUCAUUGAGAAAAUUAUACAUUUAAAGUGGCACAAAGUAAGAUUUUGUUUGUUGAAGAAAUUAUUAUAAUAUGUAGUGAUGUUUAAAUACUUGUUAUUGUGUCUGCACAUACUGAGGUUAAUAAUAAACCUGCACUUAUUACUGUCAUUAAAUACACGCCUAGUGCGGUAAUCACUGCCUAUUUUUGUACUUUUGAAAGAUAUAAACGCUAGCUACAUAUUGUAAGUCAUUUCUCUUAAAUCAAGCAGAAAUCAAGACAUAAUGGUACUUUUUUUAUUGUAAUAAAAAAUGUUUUGUAGCAAUGAAAACAAUGUGUUAGAAUGAUUAACUAAAUGGAAGAAAUGGGUUUAAAAAGUUUUAUAAUAAAAAAUGUUAUGCAAGGGUUAGGGUCUACAAAUGUAGACCCUAACCAUACACAAAUGUUGAUCAUAAUGAAGUCAAUACAAAUGUAUAUCUAUGAUGUAUAUAUUUCAAUGUUCAAUUAGUCUACGUAGGAUUGUUUCAAAACAACAAUUAUAAACCGCGUAACAUCUUUUCACAUGUGGAAUUAAAAGCACCCAUUGCUGUUGAUUCUCCGAUAAUCUUUCCCUGUGUUUCUAUUUAAAGAUUGGCUUAUAGCCGGUUACAAUGUUGAGUGCCUACAAUGUUGAGUGCCUUCUAUUCAUAGCUUCUUCCAGAAAUUGUCUUGUUAUUAAAAAACUUGUAGUUCUCAAAAGUGAUGGGGUUUGAUCAUAGAUGAGUGUGUUUCAAUGUUUUAUGUUUUAUUACAGAUGUAUUAGUAUUUUUUAACUUAACACACAACAGUUUCAUAAAUGUUCUCCCUUUCAUGGCUUUGCUGUCUGGGCUUCCAGUCAAGGUUAUCUGUGUUUCUCUUCUUUAUGGAAUGCCGAAAAAUGUAAUUGAAUGGGUCCCAUCAUUAUUGCACCGGGUACAACCCACAAUACAACCUGAAAGACGACUGGGGGAGGAAACAGUGGAGCUCACACCCAUGAACCCAACCUCUUAUUAUGCUGAAGCCUAAUCAAACAAAGUCUUUGUUUAAAAAGACAGUUGAUUUGGCUGGAGGGAGUGAAUCAGGGAAAGAUCCAAAUACUUGUAGAAACAUACAGAGGAGUGUCAGCCAGCGCUCCACGAGGAACUAGAACAGCAGGGAAAGGCUCAUGCUUGUAUUUCUGCUUCAUUCGUCCUGGGAAAGACAAAGCACAAAGAUAGGUCAUGUUGUGGACUCAUGGGCAUAAC